AUGACCGUCAUUGAGACUCAGCUCCAACAACACAACGAUUGCCUCCAGCGCCUCAAGCUUGAGGGUGCUAGCGGUAGCAUCACCGCUGAAGAGCGUGCUUGGCUGCCUUCCAUCCCGGCAUCGGCGUCGGACGAGUCGAUCCGCCAUGAGCUGGAAACCAAGGGCGUUGUUCACAUCAAGGGAGUGAUGCCGCGCGAGUUCGUACUCGAGGCGCGCAGAAAGUACUUUGAAUGGGUAGAACCUACACAUAUCCUCAAGGAAGGUACCGACCCGAAGGAAGGUAUCUGGGCGGCCGGCGACCGGGACCCGAACCACUUUGUGCCACCCGCAGGCGCUGGGUACAUUGAGAUGAACCCCCAGGCCGCUGUCUACAUUGAUCGCGCGUGGGACAUGCUGGACGAGGAGUGGCCCAAGGACUUUUGCUCAAACCAGUAUAUCAAGACAAUGGUCACACGCAUCCACCACGACUGGCACGAGCCGUUCUGCUUCAAGCGCCAGAUCUGGCGCACCAAUGUCCCCCACGCAAAGGGCACCUCGACCGGCGUACACUAUGACCACAUUUUCCUCCGUGGUGGGCCCCCGACAGCUAUUACCGCCUGGGUACCCGUAGGCGACUGCACGCCGGAGAUGGGCGGACUGAUGUACCUCGAAAAUUCGAUCCCAAUUGCUCAGAAGAUUGAAGACGACUUCACCGAGCUGGGCAAGGCAAAGGGCUUUACAGAAGACGAUUUGGUGUAUGCGUUCAACUCCAACAUGGACGCUACGGGUAUGCUUUCGAUGGACCCCGGAACGUUUGGCCAGCAGUUUGGCGAGAAUAGGAAAUGGCUCAUUGGCGACUAUGAAGCAGGUGAUAUCGUAUUCCACCACUCGAUGAUGAUCCAUGCCAGCGGGUCCAACCUCGAUCCGCAGGGCAGGAUCCGUCUGUCCACCGACUUGCGCUACGGCGACCGCAACCACCCGUACGAUGCUCGCUGGGACCAGGACCGUAUGCGUCCGGGUGAUCGCCUGUAG